ACUCAUCAUUCUUCCCAAAUACUAAGCUGCUUGCCAUGGAGGGAUGGAUAACAUUAUGUUUAAUAGUCCUAUCCACGUUAGUAGCCCUUUGGUUUUCUGGAUGCAGUAGACGGUCCAAGAAGAACCGGCCUCCUGGGCCAUGGACUCUCCCAGUCAUCGGUAAUCUCCACCAGAUCCUGAGAGCCCUCCCACACCGCGCCCUUACUGAUCUGGGUCGCCGGCAUGGGCCAGUUAUGCUCCUCAAGCUAGGAGAGAUCCCCACCGUGGUGGUCUCCAGCGCUGAGGUGGUGGCCCAGGUGUUCAAGGCCAAUGACAUCGCCCUGUCGAACCAUAGUACCAGCAGGUUGCAGGACAUCGUGGGCUUCGGAGGUAAGGGCAUCCACUUCGCCCUCUACGGUGAUCACUGGCGCCAGAUGCGCAAGGUAUGCAUCACGGAGCUCCUCACAUCCAAGCAGGUGAAGCGCAUGGAGGGUGUCAGGGCCGAGGAGGUAGGAAACCUCCUCCGCUCCAUCAACAUAGCAAUAGCUGCCGGCGCUACCAUCAACAUCAGCGACAAGGUGGUGGCGCUCAGCAAUCACGUUGUGACACGAGCAGUGUUCGGCGGCAAGGUUGCACGGCAGGAAGAGUACCUUGACGAGAUCGACAAACUCAUGGACCUGAUAGGAGGCUUCUGCCUUGUGGACCUCUUCCCGUCGUCGCGGCUUGUGCAGUGGUUCAGCACUGCCGAGCGCCGCACAAAGACGAUUUGUGAUCACAUCCACAACAUCAUCACCGACAUCCUUGAGGAGCGCAAGGUAGCGCGAGCAUCCGGUAAUGACGGCAGCAGCAACAAUGACGACAUGCUGGACGUGUUGCUCAGACUGCUGGAGGAGGAUUCGCUGGCGUACCCUCUGACCACCGAGAUUAUAGUCACCAUCUUGUUUGACAUGUUUGGAGGUGCCACAGAGACUACAGGGACCACUUUGGUCUGGGCUAUGUCGGAACUCGUAAGACAUCCUAACGUUAUGGCUAAUGCACAGCUAGAGGUUCGAGAUCUUCUAGGUGAAGGCCGAGCUAUCAUUGGUAACAGCGAUCUUGCAGAACUCCACUACUUGCCGAUGGUCAUCAAGGAGGUUCUUAGAUUGCAUCCACCUGGUCCGUUAAUCCCUCGCAGGACUAGAGAGGAUUGCAAUAUUAUGGGUUAUGACAUUCCCAAAGAUACAAAUAUAUUCAUUAAUACCUUUGCAACAUCCCGGGAUCCUCAAUAUUGGGACAGUCCUGAAGUGUUUAAUCCAGAGAGGUUUGCAAACAAGAAUAUUGAUUAUAAUGGGACAUGUUUUGAAUUCACUCCAUUCGGAGGUGGGCGAAGGAAAUGUCCUGGAGUAGGCUUCGCCUCAUCAAUUUUGGAGAUUACUUUGGCAAACUUUCUGUAUCACUUUGAUUGGACGCUUCCCGGCGGAGCCAGCUCAGCGUCCCUUGAUAUGUCUGAGAAAUUUGGGGUAACUGUACGUAAAAGGUCUGACCUAUGGCUCAAGGCUAUUCCACAUGCACGCUCCAAAGCUACACAUAUAUAGAUCCACCUUAACAGAGUGGAUGUCUGUUCUUGUCGCAUUUUGUACCUUUAUGUUUACAUUAGAAUAAGAGGAGCUCUUGGAAAAACAUGUAACAAUCGGGUGUGACUACGGCCAAAAUAAAAUUUCA